CCAAACCUCAAAAUAAAGUCCCUUAUUAAUUAUAAGGCAAAGGCAUCAUCCAAACCAAAGUUCAUUUAGUAAGACCCUUGGUUCUUUAAAGAGGCUAGAGGUUAUCCAAGAGAUCAUAAGACUCCUUCACACAAAGAGACAGACACCCACAGAGAGAGAGAGAGAGAGAGAGAGAGAGAGAGAAAGAGAAAGAGAGUGAUGGGGAGGGCUCCUUGUUGUGACAAGGCAAAUGUCAAGAAAGGGCCAUGGUCACCAGAAGAAGAUUCAAAGCUUAAGGAGUACAUAGAAAAAUAUGGAACUGGUGGGAAUUGGAUAGCACUUCCGCAAAAAGCUGGACUGAAGAGAUGUGGGAAAAGUUGCAGAUUGAGAUGGCUUAACUAUCUUAGGCCCAACAUUAAACAUGGCGAGUUCUCAGACGAGGAAGACAGAAUAAUCUGCACCUUAUUUGCAAGCAUUGGAAGCAGGUGGUCAAUCAUAGCUGCUCAAUUGCCAGGCAGGACUGACAAUGAUAUCAAGAAUUACUGGAACACCAAGCUUAAGAAGAAGCUUAUGGGAAUGCUUCCUCCAUCUCAGAGAAAACCUCCUCCAUUCCCAUCUUCUCACCAAGGCCCACCAUUUCAAUCUCAACCACAAUCAUAUAAAGAAUGCAGCUUAUCUUAUUAUAGCCCAACAACAACUAAGUCUUUCUCAGGCCUUGAAUCCAUGUCAGUCCCAUUGAAUUUUUCAAACACCACCACUUCUUUGGCCACCAAUAAUCCUUCAUCUCUUUUCCAAACCCAAGAGAGCUGGUUGAGUUCCAUGCAGUAUUAUCCUGUGAAAGAGAACCUCCUCAUGUUUGGAAGUGAAGGAAGUACUUGCAGUUCAUCUGAUGGGAGCUGUACUCAGAUCAGCUAUGGCAGAGAGGUCAAACAAGAAGAAAUGGGUUUUCAAAGUUACAUCUCAAAUGGGUUAGAAGAAAACCAAAAGUUCAUGCUUAAUUAUGGCAGCAACAGUAUUGGAGGGCAAAACGUCACAAAUGGAUAUUUUGGAGAAAUCCCAUUAGACUACGGGAUUGAAGAUGUUAAGCAACUGAUUAGUAGUAGUAGUACUAAUUGCUCUAACAGUCUGCUCAAUAAUAUUGAUGAAAACAAGACACAAGAGAAGGUCACGUACUUCUACUACUGAAAAAAAAACUGAUGUCUGAUUCUGACUGUAAGUAAAAUCAGAAAGAUUUGAUGGGGUAAGGGCAUGGUGGUAGUGGUGGGGUUGAGAGAGAGAGAGAUUCAGAAAAAGAAAAGAAAGCUUAUGGGGGUUUGUGUUUUGAUGAAAUCAAACAUUUCUUCUUUUGACAGUACAUGGUAAAGCUUCUUUUUAUUUUGUGCAUUUCUUUUUGGGAGGAUAUGAUGAUGAUGUUAUGUUUGUUGUA